AUGGGAUUUGGGCCUCUGUCUUGGGCGAACACUCUGCUGUCGACAACAUGCUUCGCCGCCUUCGCACUGUCUGAACAUCAUAUAGAGCGAGUCAUCGCCCCUCGACAAGGCACCAGCGGAGGUACUCUGGAUCUGUACAUUAUCAAUGAAUGUCAGGACACCAUCUGGCCAGGUCUUGUUACCCAGGGAGGCAGCACCGGUCCUAAUGCUACCGGGUUCAAGCUGGAUCCUGGAAACAACAAAACUGUUCACGUGGGUGCAGAUUGGCAAGGUCGAAUCUGGGGUCGCACGAAUUGCACGUUUCCUAAUGGUCCUGGGAGCAAUGGCGCUUGUAAAACGGGAGAGUGUGGCGCUCUUGACUGCAGACAGGCCGGAAAUCCACCAGCAACCCUCGCAGAAUUCACCAUGGAUGGCGGCCAGGACCAGAGUUUCUACGACAUAAGCUUGGUCGAUGGGUACAAUCUGCCAUUGGCCAUUGUUCUGCUUCCAAAUGGUGUUCAGGCGCUGCAAAAGCUUGAUCCGAGUGGCACGAAUCCCUCAUGUGUCGGGAGCAUUGGUGAUUUCGCAGGAUCGGACUUCAAUCCCUACACGAACAACCAGCAGUUCCUCGGCACAAAUUCGUCUUCCCCUAUCGACUUCGACAACAAAGUCACUGCAGAUACAGUCUCGAAAUGGUGUCCCUGGGAUUGUCAAGUCGACACACCUACCUCCCAAGGUGAUGGCGUCUAUCCUUACCCUGACGGCAACGUCGCCAGGCCUGCAUUUAAUCCAUGUAACUCGGCAUGUCAAAGAUAUCACAGUGACCAAUACUGCUGUACUGGAGCGAACGAGGCGCGUGGAAGCUGUCAACCCAAUUAUUACUCCAAAGCGGCGAAAUCGAUUUGUCCUGAUGCCUAUUCUUUCCCGCAAGACGACCAGUCCAGCACAUUCAUCGUACCAAAAGGCGCCGAAUACCAAGUCAUCUUCUGUCCUGGGGGCAGGAGCACCAACAUCAUCGCGUCCAACAAGAAGUAA